AUGACAGCUGUAACAGAUGAUUAUGUCCUCGGACGGGACCUAUAUGGCUCAAUAAGAUUGGAAGCCCAGCACCUCCUCUUUAGGAUGCACAAUGGGUACGCAUUGAAUCCAAAAAUGCCUAUCUCUUCAAAUAUGAAAAUUGCCGAGAUAGGUACAGGAACAGGAAUCUGGCUUCAAGACAUUGCAUCGCAAUUGCCAGAAACUAUACAGCUGCAUGGGUAUGAUGUGUCAGCAAGUCAAUUUCCUCCUACAUCCCUGUGCCCGCCAAACCUGACCUUUACCACUCUUGACGCAUUUGGCGAUGUUCCUGCCCAUCUUGUCGAGACAUAUGAUGUCGUCCACCUGCGGUUUUGGUGCGCCAUAAUUAGAGGAAACGACCCGAGUGCUCUCAUUCGCCAUGCUUCAAGACUGCUGAAGCCGGGUGGCUAUUUGCAGUGGGAAGACGCAGACAUGGGAAAUCCGGUCAUGCUAGGGGACGUGGCAGUGGCCUUUCAUGACCUUGGCAUGUCGAUUCUCAAGAGCUUCAAUGUCUCGUUAGACUGGAUUGGGGACAUUCCAAAGCUUGUCCGGGACCAUGGAUUAAACGUUGUUGAUAGUGCAACCGGUUCUUUCCAUUCUACUCUGGUACCCCUUGCAAUCAGGACAUAUUUAGCCGGUUGGGCUGAGCUUUUCCAAUUAGUAGGCAAAACCAAAAAUGUAUCCCUCCCAACAGAGACCGAGUGCCAAAGUGUUUUAAUUGCGCUAGACACAGGAGUUAAGAACGGGGCGCUGUAUUAUUGGCUACCUGUGAAUCUUCUUGCUCAAAAGCCUAGUACUAGAUAG